UUUAGUGACAAACAAAAAAAUAAUUUAGUUAUACAUGGGUUGAAGAGGUGUGGCGCUAAUAAGAGACAAGCAAUGGUUGUGACCAAGAACUGGAGAGACGAAAAAGGAGGGAGGGAUGGGUAAUUCCAGAGCAGGAUAUAGUCUCCCUUCUUUCAAUAAUCUGUUUGUUGUUGUGAUCCUUGUGUUAUAUCCUUUACCAACUCAUGUUGAUUCCAAAUGUAUUAUCUUCAACUUUGGUGAUUCGAACUCAGACACGGGGGCCCUUACCUCUGGUCUCGGCCUCUAUCUCGGCCCCCCAGCCGGCCGCCAAUUCUUCCACAAGACUACUGGCCGGUUCUGUGACGGCCGGCUGUAUAUUGAUUUCAUCUGUGAGAACUUGAAGAUAAAUUAUCUGAGCCCUUAUCUGGAGUCGUUAGGGUCGAACUUUACGCAUGGAGUGAACUUUGCUGUAGCUGGUGCGGCCACUCAGAUGACCGGAGUUCCAUUUCCUUUAUCUACUCAAGUUCUUCAAUUCCUUCACUUCAAGAAUCGCACGCGAGAUCUCCGCUCAAAAGGCUUAGGUUCAUUGAUCAGCGAGAAGGAAUUCCAUGAUGCAGUUUAUUCCUUUGACAUGGGGCAGAAUGAUAUCUCUAUCGCCUUCAUUGCUAACUUGAGCUAUCCCCGAGUCGUGGACAACAUACCAUCUAUUCUCUCAAGAAUCGAAGAUGCCAUUGAGUUAGUAUACGAAAAUGGUGGUCGCAAAUUCUGGAUAUACAAUACAGGGCCCCUUGGAUGUUUACCGCAGACGCUUGCGCUGAGGAAAAAGAACGACAGCGAGCUUGAUCUGUUGGGCUGUCUUGCUGAUUACAACAAUGCAGCAAAAGCUUUUAACGAGCAAAUGAAUAAAUUAUGCGACAAAUUGAGUUCCGAGUACAAGAAUGCUACUACUGUCUGCACAGAUAUGUAUUCUAUCAAGUAUGAUCUCUUCGCUAAUCAUAAAGAAUACGGUUUUGAGAACCCAUUGAUGGCUUGUUGCGGCCACGGCGGGCCGCCGUACAACUACGCAGAUCGGAUAACUUGCGGCCAGCCCACGGCGACAGCUUGUGCGGUGGGCGAUCGGUCAAUAAGCUGGGAUGGGGUACACUACACAGAAGUUGCAAAUAAGAUAGCCGCUUCUAAGAUACUAUCAGGAAAAUAUUCUAAUCCCCAGAUUAAGCUCACAACUCUUUGCAGAAGUUGAGCAGUGUGUCUCCUGCUUUUAUGCGCUCUUCAAAAUUAUAAUUGUAAAUCAUUUAAAUUAGUUUUAUUUCAUCAAUGUUGUUAUUGUCAUGAUGCCGAUCAAGGUAAUAAAGUUCGAAUUAAAAAGAUAUGUAUGAGAAGCAAAAUUAAGAAAUUA